AUGAUGCUAAAUAAAGAGGUCCAAAAUGUCACAAAAACCAGCCCACCAAUCAUUUCUCCACCAAAAGAAACUCUUCUCCUGCUUUGGAACUGGCCAUGGGGGGCCCGUUUUCCAUUAGAUAAGUGUGAGACAGAGUAUAGUAUUAAGGGGUGUAAGCUAUCUGCAGAUAGAGGUUUGUAUAGUGCGGCUGAUGCAGUCAUCAUCCACCAUGCAGAUGUUAUGGGCAAUAGAAACGCAUUGCCCCAACAGCCAAGAAAUCCUUAUCAACGUUGGAUAUGGCUCAACUUGGAGCCACCACUAAUUAUCUCAAACCUGGACAUGCUGGAUAAUUUGUUCAACUUGACAAUGACGUUCCGUCGCGAUUCAGAUAUUUAUAAUCCAUACGGCCAUAUUGAAUCAUUAGAAGAACCUCAAAACUUCACUAUUCCAGCAAAGUCUAAGUUGGUAUCUUGGGUGGUGAGCAAAUGGUACCCUGGUAUACGCCGUAUUGCUUAUUAUGAAGAGCUGAAAAAGCACAUAUCUGUUGAUAUUUAUGGGGCCAGACAUAUGAAACUGAGCAGAGAGAAGUUACAUUCAACGAUUUCUCAGUACAAAUUCUACUUGGCAUUCGAGAAUUCUGUCUAUCCAGAUUAUAUUACGGAAAAACUAUGGAUUAACGCUCUGGGUUCAUGGACAGUUCCAGUUGUACUGGGUGCCUCUCGUGAAAACUAUGAAAAGUAUAUACCCGGAGAUGCCUUCAUACAUGUUGAUGAUUUUCCAACUGCAAAGGAACUAGCUGCCUACCUUCUUGAAUUAGAAAAGGAUGAUGAGAAAUAUAGAAAGUAUUUCCACUGGAGAUCCCGACAUAGGGUGAGCCCUUGGAAGGGAUGGCCAUAUUCUUACUGUAAAGCUUGUGAGACAAUACAACAGGGUCCAAGAUAUCAAGUCAUUCGUAGUGUGGCAAAGUGGUUUCUGUAAGAUGUGCAACACUGCCUUAUAGCCAAUGCAGGACCUAGUGGGACAAGACAUGACAUAGAGAUUUAAAGAACAUCAUAGAUACCAUUCCUGUAGUAGUUUUGAGGUGGGGCCACUGAUGUAAAUGCUGCUUAAUAGUACCAGAAAUAUGGAUGAUUUCAAGUUCUAUUUAACAGCAUAUAUUGUACGACAAAAUUAUGGCAAGUCAAACAUUAAGAGGAUUCAACCAGGACAAUCAAUGAAUGUUAUACAGUACAUAUAUUGAGUGUCUGAUCAGUAUCUCCUGUGGUUAUGCUCUGCAUUUCCAAAGGUUGCAUGGUUGGCCAUUGACUAAAGUUUACUUCUCUAUGGCUCUGACCUCAUUUGUUGUCACCAGAAAACGACACAAUACACAUCA